GUGGGUGAAGGUUUCCGAGGGAGGUUGUCUUUGGUCCAGCUGCAGUUAUGGAGAGCAACCUUUAUUUCAGCAGUCAACAAAUGCUUUGCAAAGAUGUUGAGCUGGGGAAAGAAAAGGAGAAAAAGGUCAGGUAUCCCAGAUACCUGUGUGUUGCUGUUACUAUGGGCGUGGUGUUCCUGAUAUUGGCCCUUUGCAUCUUCAGUCUGAGAUAUAUAUGGAGAGCAAGCCCUACAAAGGUGUAUGACCAUCAAUAUAAAGCUGUACUGGAUGAAAAGGAAACUGAAAGCAUGAUGGAAAUCCAUCCUGCCCAGCUCUUCGAGACAUUCAAGAUGGGGAACGGUACAGAUGAGGUCUAUGAGGUCCAUGACUUCAAGAACGGCAUGAUGGGAAUCCGCUUUGCCAAGCACCAAAGAUGCUACAUCAGAGCUCAGACCAAGGAAAUACCCAAGUUGGCUGAUGUGGGCACAAUGACUAUCGAUGUAGAGGUGGAUGAGGAGAGCGAGGGAGAUAUGCAGGUGGUGGACUCACAGAUAUGGAUCCCCGCUGAGGAACCCAUCUCCAAUCGAACGUUUCUGCUCAACUCAAAGAUCUGGGAGAUUUGCCAAGAGUUACCCAUCCACUGGAUCCACCCAUCUCCUCUCAGAGAUGUUGAGUUCCACGAUGUAGAAGAUGUGGAGGAGACGCCAGAGCUGAAGGCGAGAGGACCACGUCAGACCAGGGAUGUCAUGGACCAGUUACCAGUAAACGACUACAGAGAAAUUGGGUUGGAGCUGGACAACAGCCUGGAUGAGCAGGGUUACUGCUGCCAGUACUGUCGUCGCGGGUACCGUUACUGCCGGCGAUACUACGAGCCCCUGGGUGGCUUUUCACCGUAUCCCUACUUUUACCAGGGAGGACGGGUCAUCUGUCAGAUUGUCAUGCCUUGCAACUGGUGGAUAGCAAGAAUGCUGGGACGUGUUUGAGGAAGACGGUCUGAACCUGUGAUGCUAUGCUGCUCAGGGGUAUGCGUAGACCAGCUUCAUUUGUGUGAAAUGCUAAACACAUGCUAAAAAUGUGUAUUCUUUGUCUAAAACAUAUAUGUUUC